AUGACAAUUAGUUUUAAAGCACAAAUGUCCUCAAUUAUUAGUAAUGUAGACGCAGUGACUACGGAUAAUUUAAAAAAUAGCCAAGAAGAUAAUAAAGAAUUGCAUGGUUCUGCCUCAACUACAACUCAUAUUUUGCACGAUAUUGCUUCUUUUGUAGUUAGUAGAUCUUUAAAUAGCUCUGAAAUAACUGCUUGCUUGAAAAAUGCAUAUAUACCUCCACCUUCUUACGAUUUUCCUAUAAGUAUUGAAGGUAAACGGAAACGAAAAUUUCAGUAUAAAUAUUUACUAUCAUUUCCAUGGCUUGCUUAUAGCGUAAUUAAACAAGGUGCUUAUUGUAAAUGGUGUGUAGUUUUUUCGACUACCGGAGGAAAUCAGUGUUUAGGUAAAUUAGUUAAAGAACCGUUAGUCAAGUAUAAGAAUAUAAUUGUUGAUUUACAAAAUCACGAGAAAAAAGAAUAUCAUCUUCUAGCAGCUCAAAAGGCGAAUAACUUCAUACGUAACACUGAAAGUGGAUUUGAAAAAUCUGUGGACGUAUUGUUGAAUAAACACAAACAGCAAGUAAUUGAAUACAACCGUAAACGACUUAUUCCCAUUGUCAAAACUAUUAUUUUUUGUGCUAAAAAUAAUUUAUCUUUGAGAGGACAUCGAGAGUGUGGUUCAAUGGCAUCAGAAAGUAUAAGGAACAGUUGUUUGUCCGGUGAACAGGGUACCUUGCGAGCACUUCUAGCGUUUCGCGUAGAGAGUGGUGACAAAGAUCUUUUAUCACAUUUUGAUACUUCAUCCAAGAAUUGUACAAUGAUUAGUCCUGUGAUUCAAAAUGAAAUUAUUGAUGUAAUAGGUAAUCUUGUUAUAAAAAAAAUAGUUGAAAGAGUAAAAAUGGCCAAAUACUAUUCUAUACUUUGUGACGAAACAACUGAUGUUUCCACACUAGAACAAAUGACUAUUUGCGUUCGUUAUGUCGACGUAACGACUUGGCUUAUUCGAGAAGAUUUUCUAGGAUUUAUUGAAAUGGUUUCAACUACUGGUACAGUUAUUAAAAAUACAAUCGAACAAAAGCUAGUUUCUAUAGGUUUAAAUAUUGAAAAUAUUCGAGGCCAAGGUUACGAUGGUGGUAGUAACAUGUCUGGACGAAUAAAUGGUGUUCAAGCUCUUAUUCUGAAAGAGCAACCUUUAGCUUUUUACACCCAUUGUUUUAACCAUUCUCUCAAUUUGUGUUUAUCCAAAGCAUGCGAAGUAUCCGCAAUAAAAAAUAUGAAUGGAAUUAUUUCUACAAUUUCAACUUUUUUUUCUGCUUCUGCAAUACGUGUCAAUAAACUUAAAUCUAUUAUUGAGUCAGAUGAAAAAAAUAAUAUAAAAAAAAAUAAACUCAAGACAUUAUGUGAGACUCGUUGGGUUGAGAGGCAUGAUGCAUUAAUUACAUUCAAAGAAUUGUUUUUGUACAUCAUAGAAGCUUUAGACGACUAUGAAAAUAAUGGUAGUAAAUCAGAUUCAUCAAGUAAAGCAGCGAUGUAUGGUAGUGCUAUCAGAAAAAGCGAUUUUCUUGUUUCAUUAGAAGUAGCAGUUUUUAUUUUUUCUUAUACAUUAAAUUUAAGUCAAAUUCUUCAAAGUAAACAACAAGACUUAUCAAAAGCACUAAAUGAUGUUAUAACUGUACGAGAAUCUUUAGAAUCUAUCCGUAAAGAUGUUGAUAGUCAUUUCAAAAAUAUAUUUAGUGAAGUACUUAAAAUUGCUUCUAAAAUAGACGUCGAUAUUAAAAUACCUCGAGUUUGUGGCAAACAAAAUCAAAGAGCUAAUGUUUUAGUUGCCUUGAACUUUUUUGCCACUAGUAGCUACUAG